AUGGUGUUAAAUGAUGGCAGUCAACACAAGUAUCACGUGUGGCGGCCAGAUAUAGACAUUAUAAGGCAUGAAGUUAGUUUUAGCCCAGCCAACUUUGACAUUUCUUGUAGUUGCAAGUUGAUUUCUGAGUUGGGAAUUCUAUGCUGUCAUUGUAUACGCAUUCUUCAUGUACAUUGUGUUUCUAGUAUCCCUGACAAAUAUAUCCUUAAAAGAUGGACUAAAAAGGUUAUUGAUGGUAGGAAUGUCAACAUUGAUUCUAUGGUUUAUAAUGUUGGUGUCCCUCCUUCAAUUUGGGUUUUUGAUAUUAGUAGGAAAUUUCAAAAAUUAGUUGUUUCUAGUAAAGAUAGUAGUGUAGCUAGAAAAUUUUGUGAUGAAGCUGUUGACGAUGCAAAGAAAAAGGUUGAAGCUGAGAUUGGGUAUGUGCAUAUUGAAGAGUGUGGUGCUGCAUCUUCAAAUGGUGGUGUACAAAAUCCUUCAAGUCAGAGAUUGAAAGGUGAGCGUAAUAAAAGGAGGAGUGGUGUUAUUGAAAAGAAAUACAGUCUUGCAAGGGGAAGAAGGAGUGCUGCAAAUAAAGUUGCAUUGAGUACGAAGGGUGAUGUUCAAUCUUUGGUUUUGGAAGGCAUAUCAAAGCUUGCUGGGAUGGAUAUCUUGUACAUCCAAGUUCUUCGAGUUCAGAUUUUGUUCAGUUUAGCAAGGGUUUAG